AGACUCAAGUGAUACAGCCGGGGACCACGCGCUACAGAAGACGGACGAAGGCACGCGACAUGUCUGGGGGAUUCAGGUGCGCGCAGAUAUGCCCCGGGUGUCGUGCUCACAGCUCGUGGUCGCUGAGAUAAACGUGGAUGUAUUGACAGACAGCAGAUAGUAUGCCUACACAGUCGGCACGGCUCACGCGAUGUGGCACAACAUGGCACGCGUAAAGAUGGGUCUCUUCGCUCUCCUGUGUCUCCCCACGUUUUUCUUCCGCGUCCUCGUGCUCUCCCACAGCAGUAGCAUCAAUGAGCGCUCGGUGGUCCCUCGAGCUGUGGUGCGCUCCGUGGCUCGCAUGGAUGGAGACGUGAUCAUCGGCGCGCUCUUCUCCGUCCACCACCAGCCGUCUGCGGAGAAAGUGGCCGAGAGGAAGUGUGGGGACGUCCGCGAGCAGUACGGCAUCCAGAGGGUGGAGGCCAUGUUUCACACGUUGGACCGGAUCAACGCGGACCCGAACCUGCUCCCUAAUAUCAGCUUGGGUUGCGAGAUCCGAGACUCCUGCUGGCACUCCUCUGUGGCCCUGGAGCAGAGCAUCGAGUUCAUCCGGGACUCCCUCAUCUCCAUUAGGGAUGAUAAAGACGGGUCCAAAUGGUGCAUUGACGGGACCCCGUCCCACCAGCCUCCACCCACCAAAAAGCCCAUCGCAGGAGUGAUCGGACCGGGGUCCAGCUCUGUGGCCAUUCAAGUGCAGAACCUCCUGCAGCUCUUCAACAUCCCGCAGAUCGCCUAUUCUGCCACCAGCAUCGACCUGAGCGACAAAACUCUGUUCAAGUACUUCCUGAGGGUCGUGCCCUCGGACACCCUCCAGGCCCGGGCCAUGCUGGACAUUGUCAAGCGGUACAACUGGACCUAUGUGUCUGCGGUGCACACUGAGGGAAAUUAUGGGGAGAGUGGCAUGGAGGCCUUCAAGGAGCUGGCCUCUCAGGAAGGCUUAUGCAUUGCCCACUCGGACAAGAUCUACAGUAAUGCGGGGGAGAAGCACUUUGAUCGCCUUUUGAGGAAACUACGGGAACGUCUACCUAAAGCUCGUGUGGUAGUGUGUUUCUGCGAGGGCAUGACUGUCCGAGGUCUCCUGAUGGCCAUGAGGAGACUGGGGGUGUUCGGAGAGUUCCUCCUCAUUGGCAGUGAUGGAUGGGCAGACCGAUACGAGGUUGUGGAGGGUUAUGAGCAGGAAGCAGAGGGAGGAAUCACCAUGAAGCUGCAGUCAGAGGUGGUCAAGACCUUUGAUGACUACUACCUGAAGCUGCGUCUGGAUACCAACACCAGGAAUCCCUGGUUCUCUGAGUUCUGGCAGUACCGUUUCCAGUGUCGUCUCGCAGGCCACCCACAGGAGAACAAGAAUUACAAGAAAGUCUGCUCUGGUGAUCAUGGAAAUGAGAGUCUGCAUGAAAACUAUGUUCAGGAUAGUAAAAUGGGCUUUGUCAUCAAUGCCAUCUAUGCCAUGGCUCACGGCCUCCAUGAUAUGCACAAGGAGUUGUGCCCAGGGCAGCCAGGGCUCUGUGAGGCUAUGGAUCCUAUUGAUGGCAGCAAGCUGCUGGACUACCUGCUGAAGACGUCCUUCAGAGGAGUCUCAGGAGAGGAGAUUUAUUUUGAUGAAAACGGAGACACCCCAGGAAGGUAUGACAUCAUGAAUCUGCAAGGUGUGGGUGAUGGCCGCUAUGACUACAUAAACGUGGGCUCCUGGCAUGAGGGCAUCCUGAGCAUUGAUGACUACAAGCUGUGGAUGAACAGCAGUGACAUGGUCCGCUCAGUCUGCAGUGAGCCCUGCUCCAAAGGACAGAUAAAGGUGAUUAGGAAGGGCGAGGUGAGCUGCUGUUGGAUCUGCACCACAUGCAAGGACAAUGAAUAUGUCCAGGAUGAGUUUACCUGCAAGGCGUGUGAGCUGGGAUGGUGGCCUGAUGACGACCUGGAAGGCUGCCAGCCGCUGCCUCUGAAGUAUCUCGACUGGGCGGAUGUAGAAUCCAUAGUGGCAGUGGUUUUCUCCUGCGUGGGCAUACUGAUCACCUCCUUUGUCACCUUCGUGUUCAUCCAGUACCGUGACACGCCUGUGGUUAAGUCCUCCAGCAGGGAACUCUGUUAUAUCAUCUUAGCAGGUAUAUUUAUGGGCUACAUUUGUCCAUUCACCUUAAUCGCCCGUCCUACAGUAGCUUCCUGCUACCUGCAGCGACUCCUGGUGGGACUCUCAUCGGCCAUGUGCUACUCCGCCCUGGUGACCAAAACUAACCGCAUCGCCCGCAUCCUGGCGGGCAGCAAGAAGAAGAUCUGCACCAGGAAGCCCCGUUUCAUGAGCGCCUGGGCCCAAGUGGUCAUUGCCUUUAUGCUGAUCAGUGUGCAGCUAACUUUGGAGAUCACACUCAUCAUUCUGGAGCCUCCUGAGCCCGUCAAGUCCUACCCAAGCAUACGCGAGGUCUACCUCAUCUGUAAUACUAGCAAUGUAGGUAUGGUGGCGCCGCUGGGCUACAACGGGCUGUUAAUCCUGAGCUGCACCUACUAUGCCUUCAAGACGAGGAACGUCCCGGCCAAUUUUAACGAGGCUAAAUACAUUGCCUUCACAAUGUACACUACCUGCAUCAUCUGGUUGGCCUUUGUGCCCAUCUACUUUGGCUCAAACUACAAGAUCAUAACCACAUCCUUCUCCGUCAGCCUGAGUGUAACAGUGGCACUGGGGUGCAUGUUCACACCUAAGAUGUACAUUAUCAUUGCCAAACCAGAAAGGAACGUCCGAAGCGCCUUCACCACAUCUGAUGUGGUGCGAAUGCACGUUGGAGAUGGGAAGUCGGCUCAAUGCGGGAGCAACAGCUUCCUGAAUAUGUUCCGCCGGAAGAAGCCUGGGUCUGGCAAUGCCAAUUCUAAUGGCAAGUCUGUGUCAUGGUCUGAAUCAGGUGCAAGACACCCUCCGAGGGGGGGGAAUGUGUGGCACAGACUGUCUGUGCAUGUGAGGAAACAGGAAGCCGGCUUGAAUCAGACGGCGGUCAUCAGGCCCCUAACUAACACCCCCGACCCCCACAGUUGUGAGCCCUCCACCUGCGACCUUGGCACAGAUCCCCAUCUCCCCCAAGAACCACGUGGCGCUAAGCCUCUGUACAACCUGGCCGAGGAGGACGACGAGGGCGACUCGCAGCGCCCCCUCUGGACUCCGACUUGCUCCGGACAGAUGCAAGGGUUGGAGUCGAAUUUAGAUAAGCCGACUUCUUUUAUGCCCUCUCACAUGAUGGGCUGCACCACAACAGAGCGCUUGCAGGGGGCUGUGGUAGACACACACAGCUCCUACGUCCCCGCACUGAACGACCACACCGCCAAGGAGGCAAUCGCUGCCAACGAGCCUUUGAGCUUGACCCCCUCUCAGCUCCCUUUGACCCCACAAGUAGGGGCGUUUGAAGAGGAAGGGUCUGAGGACGAGGCGCUAGACCUCUUGCACAGCUACAUUUAUGAUGCCAAGGAGGAGGGGGAGGGGGAGGACGGGGAAGGCGAGGAUUUAACUCCAAACAAGCCAGCUCUGGAGGAUUCCCUCACUCUGUCGCCUCCCUCCCCCUUCAGAGACUCUGUGUAUUCGGGGGAGUCUGUCAGCGACUCCAGCCCUCCAAGCUCAGUCUACACCUCAAACAUCCUCCAAGACUUUGCACACAGCUCCUCGACACUGUGAGAGCAAAAUAAGGCGCUGACACAUACACAUGCAUUUACACACACACACACACACACACACACACACAAAAACAUAUACAGAUAAAAAUUGUUUUAUUAUAAUUUUUAGCAUUUACUUUUGCUCUGCCAUUUGCUUACUUGUAUUGAUUAUUCUGCUUUUAUAAGUAAGGGGUUAAUCUGAAUUAUAAGUAGAAAAACAGCAGGAAUCAUCCAUGAGUGCUUCAAUUUCUGAAGGGCUGUCAUCGCACAAAGCCUGCCUGUAAAAUGUAAAAACCGAGAGGAGUGCCAAAACUAGUCAGCUCUCAUGCCAAAUUCUGAUGAAUUACGGAGAAUCAUAAUAAAGGAUGUAGCUGUGGUUCUCAUAAUGGCGGUGCAAUUAAGUGGUCUACCGGAAACAAUUAUGUGUGUAUAUAUUUGCACUGUAAGAUACAACCAAACUGGCUCAGAGGAAGUGUAUUUCACGUCAGUUUUGAUUAGCUCUGCUCCUCUCCGCUGCACAUGUACAGGUCUGUGAAGCAGCUGCAUCGAAAAGCUUUUUUUCAUUAAUUACUUUCACCUCCACUUUCUCUCAUUUGACCUCAUCGCAAUUUAAAUAUCACAAAGAGAUUAAUUAACAAGAAAUGUGCAGUAAGUUGGUUGACUAUUACUUGUUAUGUGUUGCCAGAUGUGCACAGAGCUAUUAUCAUUAAACUGAGAUUCUGCUGAAGACUUGCGCUGUAUGAUAUAUGGAUAUAAUGUGCCAAUCAAAGUUGUUAACAUCCCUGCUUUUGGGUUUUUUUUAUGAUGUAGCUGAUACAGGUUAGCGUGAUUGUAGAUGAUGGCGAUGUUGUUUAUUCAGUUUACACUCGAUCAUAACCCCGAGAACAACAUUUUACGAGCAUGGGAUGUAAUAAAUGCUUUCCAUGCCGUGUUGGUAUUUCUCAUGUUUUCUGAGUUUGCUGUGUCAUUGUAAUGAAAACACAGUACUUGUACAAGUUCUCAAAGUUUGUAAUACUGUUAAGCCAUCCCUUGUUUUUCACACAGGUGGUAUGUUUGUAAUACUAAUAAAUGUUUCUAUAUUUAGAAUGUCAACCAAAAAAAAGGAGUUUAUACAUUUUGAAAAUGUCCUCAGAUUCUUGUUAAGGAGCAGUGUGUUUGGUUUUUGGGUAACUUUUAAGCUAACUUGAGUCGACUGUAUCCUCUUGAAAAUAUUCAGUUGUAAAAGUAACCAAUGAUUAGUUGCUUCUUGUAAU